AGAAAAGCAGUUAAAGAGGAAGGCAACAUGGUUAGAUUAAGUUACAGUGCCGAGAAUCUGUUAAAAAUUUGAUUUGCAUUUUCGUUAUGCUGUGAGUUUGAUCAGCUUCUUACAGUAAGGCCUGCAAGCUCAAACAUACUACAGGAACUACAACAGCUAAGGAUUUUGCUGGAACAGGGAGAUGAAUGCAAACUUCGAGGAGAUCGCACGUUCAUGGCAACUGGUAGUCACAAAAAAAGGAAAAGAUGUACCAGAUUAAGGAAAAGAGGCACCAGAGAAGGAAUUUCAGUCAGAUUGAAGGUAAACCCUCACAGGCCUGCACUGCCCUCCAUACUACUAGCCAACAUAUGCUCACUUGAAAAUAAGAUGAAUCACUUAAGACUGGAACUCUCUUCACAAAACAAGCUUUUGAGAAUGGGGCCCCCACUCAGCAAACUACGAAAGCCUAGGCACCAAAAUUCCAAAUUUUAUGAAAAAGGUAAACAAAUCUUUCUUCAGCAACAGAUAACAUGUCCUCUGUGUAAGAAUGUCUACAAGGACCCAGUCUGCUUGCCGUGCCAACACAACUUUUGCCGUGUUUGUCUUAACUUAUAUACUUCUCGAUUGUGUGUCAGCUCUACUACUUGCCCCGAAUGUGCACAAACAUACACAGAGAGAGGAGGUGUCAAGAAUAACCCAUUGCUGAAUAACAUUGCUGAGGCAUACAGAGCCACCCAAUCUGACUUCAUCCAGCAGCCUCAGAGCCCAACAGAUGAAUUAAGUAAUUCAUUGUCACUUUGGAAUACACCACUAAAUAAAUCCAUAUCAGUAGCCUUACCAAGUCGGCCUGUGUAUGAACAGAUUGAUGAUGGUGAUGAUGUAUCUACUAGCUUGAUUCUAGACAUCCAAGAAAACCUGGCUAUUAUGCAGACAUCCAGGUCAAAGAAAUGGAUGGGCAACUGUGGCUGGUGCAACAGUCCCGACCAAACAAACCUCACAAUGAAGUGCUUAGAUUGUAAGACCAGCUUUUGUGAUUUACAUUCAGCACAGCAUUUGAUGGACCAUAGUGGAAAUUUUAGCCAUCACAACAUUCAGUGGAUUGAAGAAGAGGAAGAGGAAGAAAAUGAAUCUCAGAGUGAAGGAUCCACAGAGAAAGAAGCACGUUGCCAGAAACAUAGUCACAAAAUCUUGAGCCAUCUCUGCUGUACUGAGUGGCUUUUUAUUUGUGAGGAAUGUCUUGUAGAGGAAAUACACAAUAAACAUGUGCUUAAGCCACUCACUGAGAUUGCUGAAAGAUGGAGGAACUUGUUACCAGACAUUUCAAAGAAUAUAAGAAGGCAGAAGGAAGCAACUGACAUUCACACUAGAGAAUGUAAAAAGCUACGGAGCAAAACUCAGGAUAUCAAAAAAGCCACAAUGCUGCAAUGUGAGAAAGAGUUUGAUGAAUACAUCGAGUAUGUAAGAAAACAGAAGCAGCUGCAACUGAGUAAAAUUGAGGAGGCAGCCAAGAAUGAAGAAAAGUGCAUACACAGCUUUGAGGAAGAAGUAAGUCAAAGGUUGGCUGAGUAUGACCAGAUCUCGACACAGCUGAAUCACAUCAAGAAGAAAACCGACUUGAGUUUUAUCCAGGAAUGCUUGGAAAUGAUUUAUAGCAUGGACUUUUUCCUGAAACCACUUCAAAGUGUGAAUGAUGCAUCUCUGAAAGCAGAAACAGCAAUUGCUUCAUCCUACCAGCCUCCUCAUUUCAUAUCUAGAAACAGGUCCAAAAGCAAUGAAACAAAGUCUUCAGGCAAUUGUGCAUCAGAGGUAUCAACCCUGCACGAGGCAGCAUUGAAGCCCAGACAUAAAUCAGAAGGGGAUUUGAGCAGUAAUGUGCAAGCUGCUGCUGGAACUACUAUAUUUUCCUUACCAAGAACUCAAAGUACUGUCAACACACUGCUGGGAAACAGUCCAUCAUUGGGUCAGAUUACACAGACAAGUCGAGAUAGACCCAUGCCAUGCCCUAGAUACAAAUUUAAUUCUCCAGAUAAAUAACAUAUAAAGAUUUAUUAGGCAUGCCAUAAAAUGCAUUACUUGCUUCAGUGGCCUAAGGAACACUACUAUGUUUUGGUAUACUUUGGCCUAUUAUUGACGGUGGCUUGGUCUGUCUUUGCAUUAUUGUUCUAUAAGGCAAAUGGCUGAAAAACUGAAAGAUGAUAAUUCAUUGUGCAGUCCUCCAGACAAAAUAAUAUUACUGCUUUUUCAGAACAUAGUUAACAAAUCACAUGUAAUGUAAUGUCUUGUAUACUGCAGAUGAUAUCAGAUAUUAGAUAUGCUCUUGAGCCAUAAAUGAUGCCCUAACCGUUAACCACAGAUCAUAGUCUAAAUGCGAUAGAAACUGACCUGUGCUGAAACAGCAAUUUUUUUGGAACAGCAUUACCAGGAAAUAUUACAACUAUUAUAACACUAACCCAGUUAAAAAUCGGACUAAAAAUCACUUACUAAAUAAAUGGCUAUGUCCUUGCUCUGCUCCAGACUAUUUUUUCUCUUUUUAAUGCUAUUACCCUUGCUGUUAUCCUGACUGAUUCACUUCCUUCUAUCCAUUCUUUUACCUAUACCUCACUGCACACUAACUUGACACAAGGCUGCACUAUAGUAGUGCUAAGGUUAUUUUCUUGACAUUUCUACUGCUCUCUAUACUUAUUCCACAGAAACAUAUAUUGAUGUGUAAUCUUUGUUUCUUAUUGAUUUAAAAACCCUUGCAUAUCAGUCUCUCUAGUUCCUCCCUCACAAGUGUACAAUUGAUGAAAUGCUUCAUUACUCAUUACCUUAACAGGUUCUAUUUUAUGUAAUUAGUAAUCUAGUCAUUGGCUUGUAUAGCUGCAUUUUACAAACUGUCUUAAUCAGUCUGACUGAAGUUCUUUGUGUUAUGUAUAAUGCUGACUUAUUUGUAUUUCUGUAUGUUUGUUUCAAUGUGAAGCUUUUCUCCCUGGUCCUCCUCUGAAAAAGGACGUGUCUAGUCACACUUUCCUGAUAAACAAAUGUAAAAUAAAAUACAACAAAUAAAAUAAAAAAAUAUAUAAACAAAAUCUAUAUGGGUGUUUGAAGGGUAGAGUCUCCUGCGAAAACACUUUUUGUGUGGCACUACAGUAUAUUCUUGAGAUAUGCAGCAAAAUUCUUUUCUUGUGUGCAAUGCUGCAAAACUGAGCAUGCAAAAACAAGUGUGCAGUCAGGUGACAUGACAGGAAGAUAUGCCGUAUACAACUUCAGCAGUAGGAGGACAAGGAGGAGAUACAGGGGAAGACAAUGCAGCAUGAGAGUCAAAGCUGAGGCAGUGAUGGGUGCAGUGCAUUGCAUCACCAGCACUGUGAUAGUAUCAUGUCCACAGCUCUGAUUCAUGGCACACUGAACACAGAAUAACAUGAUGUAUGCGCUAAUGUACUCAGGCUAUUUGGGGCACUACAUGGUCUACCCAUACUGUGCAUUAACU